UCUCAAGGGAAAAGUGAACAGCUUUAGAUGAGUGUCUGCCUCCUCAGAGUCCUGAUAAUGAGCAAUCAUUUGAUGCAGGUGCGUUAGAACCAGAGGGGGACCUAAAACAUCCAGGAUACCUGCUCUUGAAGACUGACUUUGAAUACUUCUGUCUUACUGCAUCACAACGGUGUGGCUUUGCUGAGGUGCAAUGGAAAACAAGGUUGCUUUGAUAGCUGUCUUCAGGUCAACUGCGCUGUUGGGUCUGGGUUUUCUCCUCUUCAUCUUGAAUAGAUUCUCUAUGAGAUUUAGGUCUGGUGACGUGAUGCCUCAGUGUGAGUUCAGAUUCGAGUCUGGACAAAAGGGAGCUCAGCACAACACCUGUAGGCCCAACGAUCUGCCCAACGGUCACAUUGCUGAUGCACGUUGGGUUAACAGGGCAAGGCGCCGACAUGGAGCCAGCGAGAGUUCUAGUGCUGGCUUUCUCGACCGUAGAGACAGGAGUACUAGCACUGUGUCUCCGAAGAACCCCUGGAAACAAAAGGGUGCUUUUUCACCAGUCACUAAUGAAACACCAGCUGGAAGAGGGAGAGUUGCAGAUGUGCCUCGGUACACUGCAGCCAACGGCCACCAACGUGGAGCCAGCAAGAGUACGAAUGCUGGCUCUCUGGACCACAGAGACUGGAGUACUAAAGUUGUGUCUCCGAAGAACCCCGGGAAACUACAGGGUGCUUUUUCACCUGUCACUAAUGGUAUGAGAGCUGGAAGAUGGAGAGUUGCAGAUGUUCCACAGUACGCUACGGCCACUUGCACCGGCAGUUUUGGUUUCGCUCAGUACUAUAAGCGUGAACAGGCAGCACCAGAUCCCAACUUUUCUGCAUCCGAGAAGAAACAAAGAGGAAAGAAAUGCUUCAGAAACAAGAAGAAAAGAGGUAUGGACAUGACCUUUCCAGAAGGUUAUAACCCACUCCUGAUGUCCUUGCAAGAGAAGGAAGACUGGGACAAAGAGAUCCAAGAUGUCACUCUCAAAAAGAGGGUGGAGUUGAAUGUCGUGACCGUGCCUUAUGGUCCGGAGGAUGUGCUCCACUUCUCUCUGCAGGAUUUGUCACUUCGGCAGAGCAACAUAGCCGAUUCACCGGUGGGGGAUAAUUACAGUCCAGUUGUGCACCACGCACACCCGAUGCGAUGGCGCCGCUACCGCUUUGCCAUUGAAUCGGACCAGUUUGCAGACGCCGAGGAGUGAGGCAGGCGGUAGUCACAUAUUGUAAGCAACAUCUUAUAAGACUUUGGUGCUUAGUGUUUUUUACAGUUGACCCCAUGUGGGGAUCCUGGAAAGUAGCUGUGAAUAGAAUAUUUGUCAUAUGGUCUUGUUUUUCCCAUUAAUACGGCUUCGUUUUCAUAAAUUAAAGGUAAAUAUUUACUUAAAUUUCAACAUCAAAUAUGUUAGUUGUCUUAAAUUAUAAGAUAGCAUAAGUUGUAUGUAGUUUCUUCUACGUUAUAUUUUAUCUGAUCAUUUGUUUUAGGAUUUUAGUUUUUUAUUUGUUGUUUUUAAAUGAAUAAUUUAGCUUUUGCCUUUGUGGUCUUAAAUGUUUUUAGUUGUCUUCCAGACUUUGUUCUUCUGCCAUACUUUGUGUUUUUAUAUUUUUAAAUAUAAAUUUAAUAGUUUUGUUUUAAAUGGCCAAAAGACUGUUGAGGAUGUUGAUAGUGGAUAAUUUAAGAAAAAAAUUCAAAGGAUUGUUUAUAAAAUAACACGUUCAUCAACAACAUGUAGUUUGUAUUUUAAUUUAUUAGUCAAAAAAGUAAGCUUCAAAGUGGAAGUAUGGUUUAUGUAACACCAACAAAUCAGCUUGUUCAUUUUCUUUGCCAGAAUAAAAGAUUUUCCUCAGA